AUGCCCGGCCACGGGUGGCGACUCGUGUUUCCGUCGUCACGGCACGUCAGUCGCGGCGCGGGUGACGCUACCCCCGUGUGGUUCCAACCCGAUUCCCCGACGACGCAUCGGCCGUCGCGCCGCCGGGCCAAGCUCCUGGCCGAGGGCCUCGUCGACGCAGCGACGCACCUGAUACGGCUGCUCAACGAGGAGACGGCGCUGCUGGACGGCAGGAGGGACCGGCUCGUGCUAGGUGGGCUCGGCCAGGGGUGCGCCAUGGGCCUGUGGACGAUGCUGUGCUGGGGGGAGCGGCUGGGCGCGUUUGUGGGCGCCUGCGCGUGGCUACCUUUUUGCGACAACGUUGCGCGCCUGGCGGACCAAGGGGUGUUUUACCUGGGCGGCAGCUCAGGCAGCGGGGAAGACGACGGCGACGGCGACGGCGAUGAUGACGAUGAUGACCGGUUCGACAGGGCAGGGUUCGUCUGCAACGAGAUGCCCGUCGUGGGGUUCCCGCCCGACGACAACUGCCGGGCCGCGCUCGCCUCCACGCCGGUGUGCCUGAGCCACGGCGGGGACGACGUCGCCGUCGACGCGGCGCUGGGGCGCGCGGCGAGGGACUGCCUCCUGCAGGUGGGCUUCACGGUGGCGUGGAGGGAGUAUCGCGGCGCGGCGCUCGACGACGACGGCGGCGGCGGCGGCGGCUGGCUCGCGACGCGGGAGCAGGUGGACGACCUGGCGGUGUUUCUGCUGCGCAUAGCGGACCUGUCGUGA